AGGUAGCACAUUUCUUCAGCUCGCCGCCAUGUCUUCCAUUGAAUAUUGCGCCUCAUGUGUAGAUCCCGUGCCGCCUCGGCCACACCCAGCACCAGGCCAGCGCGUCCGGUGGCCGGCAUGGCAGGCAUUCUCGACACCGGGGCUGCUCGUUGUGGCGCUGGUGCCAGUUGCUGCCAAGGCGCGGCGGUCGGCGCGGCGGGCGACAGGAUCCACAUCCAUGGGAACGGAGAUCUGGAGCCUCCUGGGCUUGAAGGGCACUGCCACCAAGGCGGAGAUCAAGCAGAGGUUCAAGAGCUUCGUCCGGACAAACCAUCCAGACGUCAAGGGCGACCGGUCCCCUGCAGCCAUCAAGCGCUGGACGGCCAUCACGGAGGCCUAUCGCGAGAUCAUGAAGGUGAGCGAUGAUCUCUUCUGGGUUGAGGGCUGGGUGGCGCGUGUGCAGCAGAUCGAGUACGCCAAGCUCCAGAACGCCGACCGCCUGCGCCGGGAGCGGAUGGAGCAGCGCGCCGCUCGGGCGGGCAUGUCCUUGAACGACUUCGAGGAGGCGCAGAUUGCAGCCUCCAAAGCGGCCAAGGAGAUUGCGCUGGACGAGGAGGAGAACAGAAGCCAGUUCAUGCUCGAGUCCUUGUCCGUGGGACUGAGCUUCGUUCUGCUGUUCCUGUUCGUGUCAGUCAUCGCGAUCCUGGUCCACUCGCCGAACAGCAAGUGACCCGAAAGCACGCGGCAAAGACUGAGAACCUGUCGUCAUGGCAGAGCUUCAAGCUGGCUCCAAUGGCUUCGACGCCGUCGAAGAUGGAACU